GCGAGCGAGCAGCGUGCUGGUUCGCUGUGCUACGAAGUGUCAGUGUACGCCACCGCAAUACAGACAAACAGAAGCCAGGUCGUUCCAUACUAUACGGAAAAAACGAGCGAAGAAGCGUUUUCAUUUUAACACAGCUAUUUUAUUAGUAGCCCAGCCGCAGCUCUCUGGAGAGGACGACUGAAACUGCGCAGCGCUGCCCGUGUGAGGUGGAGCGGAGGCACAUCUGAAACAUUCACAUCAAACUUCUCACCCCAUCGAGACGCGGAUUGCACCCUUACUACCGACAACAUGGAAUAGAAACACACCAAGCGAAGCCUAACAGCACAAAUUGAUGUUUUCUGCUGAAAAACCGUUAGAGGGGAAGAAACUGGUCCGUUAAAAUCAGCAUCAGCUUUGUAGUGGAUUGAAAGAAGGAGCUCAAGAUGUCUGUACCGAAUGUGUUGGCAAAGGCCCUGUACGACAAUGUGGCGGAGUCUCCAGACGAGUUGUCCUUUCGGAAGGGUGACAUCAUGACCGUCCUGGAGCGGGACACGCAGGGGCUGGAAGGCUGGUGGCUAUGUUCGCUACAUGGCCGUCAAGGCAUUGUUCCUGGCAACCGGCUGAAGAUUCUCGUGGGCAUGUAUGAUAAACAGCAGCAGCAGCAGUUACAGCAGCCAAUGAGCCAACCGAGCCCAACCCAGAGCCAUCUCAACCUGCCUCAGAGUGCCUACACCAAGCUUCCCCCUUCAUCCCAGUACACGGCCAUGCACCCUGCCUUCUCCUCCAGCUCCACCAACUCAACCAACCCAGACGGUGUCUACAUGCUCCCCCCCAACCACAGUCUGCCCACCCCCUCCAGCCUCUACCAGGUGCCCACCGGCCCCCAGCCUCCACAGCCCCAACCCAAAGCCCCCGCUGUGGCACAAAAGCAAAGCCAGGCACAGUACCCUCCUACUCCACAGGAUGUCUACCAAGUGCCCCCCUCCAUUAAUGUUCCAGGCCAGGACAUCUACCAGGUGCCACCGACUGCAGGAGGGCCGUGUCCAGGGCAGGAUGUCUACCAGGUGCCACCCUCUGUGAACCAGACACAAGACGUUUACCAGAUUCCCCCGUCAAUAGAGAGGAGCUGGGAUUCUCCCAAACCCCUGGGGAAGGUGGUUGUUCCCACACGGGUUGGUCAAGUGUACGUGUACGACGCGGGGAAAAAAGAACAGGAUGAGUAUGACGUCCCCAGACACCUCCCACCCUCCCAGGAUAUCUAUGACGUUCCGCCCACCCGCACCCAGUACAAUCAACAGGUUUAUGACACUCCUCCCAUGGCUAUGAAAGGCCCACCCAGUAGAGAUGGUCAGGAGAUCUAUGACACUCCACCUAGUGUGGACAAGAGCCAGCUGCACUACCAACAAACGGUGUAUGACAUUCCUCCAUCUGUCAGCAAGGAUGUUCCAGAUGUUCCAAUCAGGGAGGAAACGUACGACGUUCCUCCUCACUUUGCCAAGAUGAAGAGUCUGGAGAAUCAGAACCAGGCUUAUUUGUCUCAGAUCCCAGGCGGUCCCGAGCCUCCCAUACCAGAGGACGUCUACGAUGUUCCUCCUCCUCAGCUAAUAGGAAAACGCCAGCCUGAGGGCCAGGAGAUCUACGACAUCCCUGCCAGCCUGCGAAAAGGCGGCCCACAGGACCACCAUCCUGCAGAUGUGUAUGACUUCCCCCGUGAGCGACCUGCGGGUGAAGAUUCGGGCGAUUACGUGUACGAUGUGCCUCCGCAGGUGGUGCGUGACGCAGCGGCCACCGAGGAGCUCACUGUGAGCUUCAAACGCUUGUCGGCAUCCAGCACGGGAAGCACUCGCAGUAACCUCUCAACGUCCUCUUUGGACAUGGUGCCGGUGCGGGAAUCUUCCGGGCCUGGACGCCUGCUGCUUCUGGAUCUAGAUCAGGCCAUGGAGCGGCUGUCUCGUCAUCAACAGGCCGUGGAGAGCUCGGUGUCCCUCCUCAUGUCAUUCAUCAGUGGGAAUUGGCGCAGCCCUACUCAGAUGGAGUCCAACCUCCCUGCCAUCCGACAGGCCGUGGACCGCAUUCGCGUGGCUGUCAGGGACCUGCUGGAGUUCGCUAGAGGAGCCGUGGCCAACGCCACCCAGGCCACGGACCGUACGCUGCAGACUAAGCUCAGCAAGCAGGUGCAGAAGAUGGAGGAGGCCUUCCAAGGUCUGGUGAGGUACAGUCAGGCGCUGGACUCCUUGGGCUGGUCCCCCGCAGCUCUGAUGGCACCUCCUACAGGCACCGGAGGGGACGACCUAGACCGGCUGGUCUUGUGUGCCCGAGGCGUGCCUGACGACACCAAGCAGUUAGCAUCGUUUCUCCAUGGCAAUGCCUCUUUGCUUUUCAAACGGACAAACAAACAACAGCAACUGCCAUUGCCGCCCGUUCCUCAUACUGGUGACAUGCUGGGUCAGCUGACCAACAACAACAACAUCUCAGCCUAUCAGUCAGGCACACCUGAACGGGCCAACAUCCAGUCCCGCCCAUUACCCUCCCCUCCCAAAUUCUCAGCUGAGGAAGAGACUCCAGACAGGCCGUAUGAGACGACAGAGGAGGGUUGGAUGGAGGACUAUGACUAUGUCCAUUUACAGGGUAAAGAAGAGUUUGAAAAGAACCAAAGACAGCUUUUGGAAAAAGGGAGCAUCAAACACAAUAAGACUUUGCUGGAACAGCAACAGCUGAAGCAGUUUGAGCGAUUGGAGCAGGAGGUCUCCCGACCAAUCAACAAUGACAUUUCGGGCUGGACUCCGCCCUCUCACUACCCGCAGACGCCGCGCAGUAAGCUGUGCAUGGGCGACCGGCAGCUGCUGCUCUUUUACAUGGAGCAGUGCGAGGCCAACAUCACCACGCUCAACAACGCUAUCGACGCUUUCUACUCCUCCAUUAACAACAACCAGCCGCCCAAAAUCUUCGUUGCCCACAGCAAAUUCGUCAUCCUCAGCGCUCACAAGCUCGUCUUCAUUGGAGACACGCUCUCCAGGCAAGCCAAGUCUCCCGAGGUCCGCACCAGGGUGGCCCAGCACAGCAACACGCUCUGUGAAAAGCUCAAAGACAUUGUGGUCAGCACCAAGACAGCAGCCCUCCAGUACCCCUCGCCAGGGGCCGCCAGAGACAUGACGGAAAGGGUGCGGGAGCUCGCGAGCUGCACCCAGCAGUUCCGCAUGGCGCUCAGUCAGCUACUGGCCAUGUGAAUGCGCCCCUGGACAGUACAGGCGCAGAGCCUGUUUUAAACUCACUGGACAAAUGUACCCUGUGCCACGGGCUUUUUAUCUCCAAAAAGACAGGCAGAGCCAUUGGUUGUAAAUGAAUCAUUGUAAAUAUUUAAGUUGCUGAUGGAUUGAGGAACUUUUUGAACAAGGGAGGAGCAAGAGAAGGAAAAUAUCUAAAGAGUAGAUUUAAGACAUUAUGCAUUAUUAUAGCUAAACUGUAAUUAUUGCUCUGAUUAUUAUAAUUGUCAUCAUUAUUAUUAUGAGAUGCUGACUAAGGGUGUUUAAAAUUUUAAACGUGUAUGUAGAAGUACAACCAUUUCCAUAGAAGAUCAACAGUGGAGGCUUUUUUAAUGAACUGUGCCUGUUGAAAGCAAAAAUGCCGUUUAUCCUCUUGCUGUUGCUGUUGUUCAAAGAGGCUGAAUGCAAAGCAUGCUGGGAGUGAGCCGAAUGACAGACAUUAGACGCUCUUCUUAUUUACUGUGAGAGUUCAGGUGACUUAGGCUACUUUCACACUGCGACCCUUAGAGCUCAAAUCCGAUAUUUUUUGAAUAGCAGUAUCAGAUUUCCAUUGUGAACAGAUCAUGGUUCUGAACUGAUCCACAUGCCCAAAAGAACAAUACAAACAGGGCUGCCAGGUUUUCACAAUAAAAUCCAUCCAGUUGCUUCUCAAAACUAGUCCAAAACUAGCCCAAUCGCGUUCCCUGUACAUAUAGCGUUACUGGGCGUCGCUUCAACCCACGGAGUGGCAACAGUGAAAAGGUAGCCCAAUUCUGCGCUAAAACUGUGGACUUGGCAACACAAAAAAACGAGGACAUAAAGUAAGCAAUUAUGCGUUUUCUUACUGUGUAAUUGUGUAAGAAGCCAAUGAAAUUAUGCGCAGGCACUCAAAAAAAUAAAAUCAAGGAUGUGACAAGGAUGAUACAAUCCCUCAUUUUGCUUGUAUAUAGAGUUGUCAAGCUCUGACACAUCACUGUUUUUCCGCUGAAGUGACUCCCAUGAGUGCACAAUCAAGGUGAAUGUUCAUCUAAAGUAAUGUAAAAAGUCACACGAAUUCCGAUUUGACUGCGGUUGCAUUGCAAAACAUCUGUAUCGGAUUUAGUACCACAUAUGGAAGUGGAUUCCAUGCAGUUUGUACUGUUCACACUGUCAGGAGAAAAACAGAUCUGAGUCACAUGUGAGCAAAAAAAUUGGGACAGAUUUGCCUGCAGUGUGAAUGUAGCAUAUUUACCCAUAUUUACCAAUGCAAAGCAACAGCUACGCUCACAUUGCGAGCCUUAGUGCUCAAUUUCGAUUUCUGGUCAGAUUUUCUUUUAAAUGUGGCCAAUAUCAGAUUUCCAGCAUGAAGAGAUCAUGGUUCUGAACUGACCCCUAUUGUUCAAAAGAACAAUACAGGGUUGCCAGGUUUUUAUAACAAAAUUGUUCUCAAAAGUCCAAAACUAGCCCAAUCACAUUUCUGGGGUUAAAUAUAGCAUUAGUUGGGUCACUUGAACCCACAGAGUUAAAAAACAACCUGCGGGAGCAGUAAAAAAGUAUCCCAAUUUUGCGGUUAAAUUGUGGACUUGGCAACACUUGCGCAGCGCACUGUCAUACAGAAGUAUCGCAGAGGACAUAAAGUAAGCGAUUAUGCGUUUAUUUAUCGUGUAAUCUGCCAAAGAAGCCACUGAAAUUAUGCACAGGCACUAUGAAAAAUAAAGACAAGGAUGUGAAAGAGGAUGAUGAUACAAUCCCUCAUUUACUGUAAUACUUAUGAGUUCUGACACAUCACUGUACCUCCCAUGUCUUGAUCACUUUGAGUAUGUAAAAUCUUUGAAGUGACUCCCAUGAGCACAAGAAUUGUGAUGAAUGUUGAUCUAGAGUGACGUAAAAGUCGCAUGAAUUCCAGUAUGACUGUUCACACUGCGGUUGCAUUGCAAAACAUCUGACCUGUGUCAAAUUUAGUACCACAUAAGGAAGUAGCAAAAAUUGGAAUUGAAAAGGUCAGAUUCCAUGCAGUUUAUGCUGUCCACAUUGUCAGGAGAAAAACAGAUCUGAGUCACAUGUGAGCCAAAAAAUCUGAUUUGGGCCGGAUUAGCCUGCAGUGUGAACGUACCCAUAUUUACCAAUGUAAAGCAACAUCUACAUUCACAGUGCGAGCCUGACUACCUUUUGCAACUGUCUUGAUUACUUUUGGUAUGUAAAAUCUUUGACGUGACUCCCAUGAGCGCAGAAUCGUGACGAAUGUUGAUCUAGAGUGAAUUCCGAUAUGACCGUUCACACUGCGGUCGCACUGCAAAACGUCUGACCUGUAUCAGAUUUAGUACCACAUAUGGAAGUGGCAUAGAUUGGAACUGAAAAGAUCAGAUUCCAUGCAGUUUGUGCUGUUCACACUGUCAUGAGAAAAACAGAUCUGAGUCACAUCGGAUUUGGGCCACAUUUACCUGCAGUGUGAACGUAGCUGUAUUUACCUAUAUAUGCCAAUGCAAAGCAACAAUAAAAAGCGGUGGAGAACACAUCAUCCAGUUUGGACUACUUUUGAAAAUAAAUCAUGAAAUAUUCCCUGGCUGUAAGUUCUCAAAUGCCUGUUCAAUGGCUGCACCUCUCUGGCAUGUUUUAGGCUAGUUGAUAACAUAUCACAUCAUUAUUUGAGAUCUGACUAUCCAAUAUUUAGUCCUUCAGCAUCAUUUGACCUCCUCCACUGUAGUGCCACUUCCUGCUGGACAGGUGCAUUGUGGCAACAUCCUGAGAGUCCUUGAUUUUAUUUCUACUCUUUGUCUCUCAGAUAUCACACCACAUCCAACAUAGACUGAGGCAUUCAGUGCACAAAUAUACUAUAUCCAAAACCAGCUUGUGUAAAACUCUUCCUCCACUGCAUCUGCCUCGACUUCCCUCGCCUUGUCUUCUAGCUCCCUGUUGGUUGUAUUCUAAAUUUAAGAAUAUGUCAGAAAAGUAGUUUAAUGAAAACUUAUUAAACUUUUUAAGUACUGCAACAUGUUGUUGUGCAUAUAGUCGAAAUCCUUAUCCAGUUGAAAAAAAAAAAAAAAAGAAUGAAAAAAGAUGCAUUUAAGCCAAACGGUGACCUGAUAUAUGUUGUACUGUUUUUCUGUUUUCAAAUCUGUGUUCGAGGAUUUGAAUGAUAUUGACAUAUAUGUUACUGUAAAUUGCAUAACUGGAAAUAUAUGUUUAAUAUAUUUUCAUUAAAAAAAUAAAUUCCACUCCA